AUCUGACCGUCUUCAAUGAACUUAAUCUAAUAUGUGGGUUCUAAUUAUGUGAUGUCGAAGUGUUGAGAUUUGAUAGGUUAUUAGGAUUCCCUACAAAACAGAUGACCAAACGAAAGGAUUGACAAGUGGGCACCAACACCAGGAAUCAAGAUCAGAAGACACAUUUUUCAUCAAAUUUCUGUAAAAGAUCAAGCGGUUAAACAGAAAACCUGUCUGUACAGAGUUGGAGGAGUUAACUUUGUGUAGUAUAGGAAUAUCGUAAUACUACAAUCCAAGCUCAUCCUCUGUUGCAGUUUUGGCUGAAUCUUUGGAACAAGAUUUCUGGGGAGAGAGAAUAAUAUGCUCAAAGCUGUACAGAUUCUGGGUUGUUGUUCAUCUGGGUUUGUCUGGAAACCCCGAAGCAGUGGUGGGUUUUCCUUCAUUUCAGUCUCUGCUAAACCAUUAUCAUAUUCUUUAUCUUCAGGAAGAGCAACGAGAAUGGAUUCUUCGUUCUUGCCCGAGUUUGCAGUGCGCAGGGCUCGUUCUCUAAGGGCAUUUCGUGCCCCCUCAGCUCGCUCCGAGUCAAACCCAGAUGGCCGUUCCGCUUCAUCAUCAUCGGUUGCAGUUCAGUCUUCAGCAGGAAACGUCCGUAAGAUCAAUUUCUGUCAGUGGUGUGGUGGCCCAACAAAGCAUGAGAUACCUCAUGGAGAGGAGAAGAUGAGAGCUAUUUGCACAGUUUGUGGGAAAAUUGCCUAUCAGAACCCAAAAAUGGUUGUGGGUUGCCUCAUUGAGCAUGAUAACAAGGUCCUACUUUGCAAGCGGAAGAUUCAACCAUCUUAUGGUCUAUGGACUCUUCCUGCUGGUUACAUGGAAAUAGGGGAGUCUGCUGCAGAAGGGGCGAUUAGGGAAACCUGGGAAGAAGCAAAUGCAGAAGUUGAAGUGCUGUCUCCUUUUGCUCAAUUGGAUAUUCCUCUUAUUGGCCAAACUUAUAUAAUCUUCUUGGCAAAUCUCAAGAAGCCGCAGUUCUCACCAGGCCCAGAAUCAUCAGAAUGCCAGCUUUUUUCCCUUGAUGAUAUACCUUUUGAUUCCCUAGCAUUUUCAUCGAUGCUGGUUACCUUAAAUUUGUAUGUUGAAGAUGUUAAGGCUGGAAAACCCAAGUUCCACUAUGGUACAAUCAAUAAGAGGCCUGGCACAAGUCCUUCUGAUAUUCACGCCUUUACUCUUGAUUAUCAUCUUCAGUCUUGACAAGAUGGGUCUGGUUGUUAUUUGAAAAUGGGAAGCAAGAGAAACUGAAAAGCACAUUUGGUCAAGUUUGGAAAAUGUUCCUGCGUAUAAUCAAAUAGUGCCACACUGUGUCUUCACUGACUUUGAAAUCCAUUCAUCUCAUCUGAAUUUUCGACGGCAAGUCAGCAAUCCGUGACAUCUAUUUGAGGAGGUGAAAAUUCGGAGUAUUCAUGAAGAAGAUGGAAUUUAAUGAGGUCCAACUGGUUGAUUGCCUUGUUUUUCCGAGGAAGAUUCAAAGUAUUAUUGGAAUUGCAUCCGAUGGAAAUCUUGUAAACAUUGAACAGAAAUUCAAAAGGACAAUUGGCAUCUAAUUGGUGUAAACAAUGAGGAAUCUUUUACACCAUCAUCAAAUUGAUUUCCUUGUGACGAUGUUUUCCAAUUUUCCAACAAAAAAUUGAUCGAAGA